AUGCUUGAAAAAUAUGCAGCAAAGGAAGAAGCAGCAAGGCACCGUUACAAGGAGUACCAUAAUCUCGUCGAUGCAUAUGUGCUCGGUGACAAGUUGCUCGAUGGCAAGUUUCAGAAUUCAAUCAUCGAUGCAAUUCUCGAGAUGUGCUCUACGCCUGAUGCACACGAUGGAAAGAAAUACUAUCCUAGUAUGGCGGUGAUCAAACAUGCAUACAUAGUUACGACCGAGUCUGCCGGAAUUCGCAAACUGUUUGUGGAUUUGUUUGUGAAUACUGCGGCAGCCAAGUGGCUCAGUAGAGAACUUCAGAACUUCCAGCGGAAUUUCUCUAUUCGGUUGCUGAAGGCCUCAUGA